AUGAUUAGACGUGUUUAGUAUUUUAAAAAAGUUGCUUAAACCCAACAACAUUCAUUAAGAAUUUAAUAUAAAACCUUUAUGACACACAAAUAAUACAAGAACUAUGCCCGAAGAAUACACAGAAGUACAAAGUCAUGAAAUUUGUGGUGAUGAGAGAGUGAUUCCACUAAAAUAUGGGUUCGGAGUUCGACACGUUCAAGCUCUCGUUAUUUUUACCACACACACACUAGCAUUUUUGGCUAGAGGACAUUUAGGUGCGACUAUUGUAUCGAUGACAAAUAAAAUUGAAACUGCAGGUAUAACACCAAACAUUACAGACAUUAAUCAAGUAAAUACAACAUUAGAUCAUCUGAUUAUAAAUUCUGAAGAAACAAUUUAUAGAACCUACCAAUGGCCAAAAUCGACGCAAGAAGUGGUUCUAUCCUCAUUUUUCCUUGGAUACUCAAUUAUGACGUUUGUUAGUGGUAUAAUUUGUCAAAAGUGGGGCGGCAAAAUUCCUAUACAAAUCUCCAUGUUUGUGAAUGGGAUUGUGUCUCUACUGUCACCGUGGGUGGUGGCUUGGGGUGGUUGGAAAGCGUUAUCAAUAUGUCGUAUAUUACAAGGUAUUUCCCAGGGCGGCAUGAUGCCUGGCAUACAUACGCUUUUGGCUAACUGGGUUCCACUCAACGAGCGAGCCAGUCUUAGCAGCUAUUCUUAUACGGGUUCAGGAUUAGGCACUGUAAUGGGUUUCCAAUUCAGUGGUGUUCUGGCUUACAGUCGUUACGGCUGGCCUUCAACCUUCUGGACUAUAGGUGUGCUUUGCCUGCUUGGGUUCGCUCUCAUAACCUUCUUUGGAGCUGCCACGCCGAUGAAGCACAAGAGAAUUUCAGAAGAAGAGCGAAACUAUAUUAUUGGUGGUUCUGGGUACGGAACCCACACUCAACCCAAAGUUCCAUGGAAAGCGAUACUUACAUCAACUCAUGUUUUAGCGGCGAUUUUAAGCCAUAUAUGCAAUAUAUUAUGUUAUACAUUCUUAUUCAUGCAAAUGCCAACAUAUAUGUAUGCCAUCUUGAAAGUAAAUAUAAAAAAUAGCGGUAUACUAUCGUCUCUACCUUUCCUUGGCGUUAUUAUCAUGUGCAUUGUUACUGGAUAUUUAUCAGAUCUUUUGAUAAAUAAAAAGAUUAUAACAGUUAAAAAUGCAAGACGGCUUGCAAAUUCCGUAGCUUCAAUCGUACCAGCUAUAGCACUUUGCUUUGUAUCCUACACCAAGUCUGUGACUGUCGCCGUUAUAUUGUUUGUCAUAGCUAUAGGUGUGCAAGCUACUAUGCAUUCCGGGUGGUUGGUGAACUACAUAGAUCUAUCUCCGAACUACAGUGGAAUUCUAAUGGCCAUUGGAAAUGGUUCAGCGAAUUUAAUGUGUGUCCUAAUAUUGCCUGUAAUGGUCUCAAAUAUCGUGAAGGAUGUCACAAAUCAGAUAGAAUGGAGAAUUAUGAUGUAUUUAAUGGCUGCAAUCAAUCUUUUUGGCAAUAUAAUUUUUGUUAUACUUAUAUCAACUGAAGUACAGCCAUGGAAUGAAGAAAAGUGCAAAGGUGAUCCUCGCACUCAAGAUGAAACAAUUGCUCUACAGGGUUAAUUAUAUUUAUAUUUGUUAUAACAAAAUAAAUUAA